AUGGCAUUGCAGUCAGGUUCACCAAGUGUUCGUGAUGAUUAUCGUUGUUCCAUAUGUCGACAACAAAAUGCUUUUCGCUGUGAACAUGACACUCGGUAUCGUGAUCAAUUCUUAGAUAAUUUCGGUCAAGAAAAUCGUUCUGCAGCGGCGAAAACCUCUCUAGAUGCUUACAAUGCAGCAAAUCAAGAUCGUAUGAAUGAUCGAAGAAGAACUCCUCCGGCAAGACCAGUAGCCUCCAAUGGUAUUAGCAACAGAUCGACAAUUCCUCAAAAAACAAAAACAAAAAAGAAGAAAUGCACUAUCUUAUAG